CCUCGGGCUCCGCGCGGGGAGUGCGGCGCGGCUGGCGAGGGGAGGUGCGCGCGUGUGUGGAAGUGCGUGCACCGGUGAGGGCGAAGCGCGCCCCCGCGCGCGGCAAGAGGAGCACGCGCGCGUGGGGAGAAAUGUGCGUGCGUGUGGGGUGCACGCGCGUGGAAGUCCGCGCGCGGUUGGAGAGGUGGGUGCGCCGGGAAGGGGGUGUCGCUCAGGAGUGCAGGUGAGUCCCGGAGUGGAGGCGUGCGAGGAGCUCGCGAACGAGGGCAGGCGUGUGUGCACGCGUGCAUGGGGUGUGAGCCGAGAGCUUGGGCAGAGGAGACGGGGCUCCGGGGGAGGACUCUUCCAGUCGCGCGGGGGCAGCUGCUGAGCGGACCCGAGGAGAGGGCAGACCGAGAGCUCUUGCAACUUGAGACUGCACUGGAGAUUGAAGGGGGUGGGAGCUGGGGAGGUGUGGGUGCAGAAGGCGGGGCCUGGGCGAGCGCGGGGAGGAGUGGGGUGGGAGUGAUGCCCGCUGAAGAGCUGCGGGAGGGGCACCCUGCUAUUGUGAGCGUCCGAAGUGCAGUGAAGAUGGAGAUGGGUGGAGGAAUAGGGAGACUGAGGAAGGUAUGGGAGCGUGAAAAGCCUCAGUGCUGCUGUCAGGAGAGAGGAGGUCCUUCCAGAGACGUGAUCGCAAGAGCUGGGGCACGAAGAAUGUGGAGGCUACAGAGGCACCGAAGAGAGUGUGAACAUGGCUACGCCUCAUCGUUCCCCUCCAUGCCGAGCCCCCGGCUGCAGCAUUCGAAGCCCCCACGGAGGUUGAACCGGGCACAGAAACACAACAGUGGGAGCAGCAACACCAGCACUGCCAACAGAUCUACACACAAUGAGUUGGAAAAGAAUCGGUGAGUCCAUAAUGAAGAGCAGCUGUAAUUUGUUUGAAAGCAAACUUACCAUUCUGCAUGAGAAAUUAAAGUGAUUGGUAG